AUGAAAAGAUCAUCCGUGUUCAAGGGAGUCCUGGUAUACUUGCUGGUCUCCCUUCGGGAAUCAGUGUGUUUCACGUCGGCUAAGUGGCCGGCGCCGGCAAACAAGAUACCGAUUGACCUCGACUUGAGCGCGAAGGAAUCUACCUACAACUACAUGUACUCAACGUCCGACAACUCAAACAUAUACAUAGCGCUCAACAACGUUGUUUUCAAAUCGAUUCGCUACGAGGAUAAGCUCAUGUGGACCGCCGACAACCACACGGAGUACUCCACUCAGGUGAUUUACUCGCCUGACUACUUCGUCACCCUGGUUCUGCUCGACGGGAACCUUAAGCACUUCAAGUUUGUGGGCGACUUGUUCUUCGAAGUAGGCCUGAACGAGCUCCCGACGGCCCUCAACGUGGACCUCAAGUACACGUCCUACGAGUACGAGUACGCUCCCAUCAGCAACGGGCACAUGUUCCAGGCGAAGAGCUACUACAGGUUCAGCUCAGUCAAGGCGGGCGAAAACGUGCUGUUUACUGCCAAGACUCCAGAGGAGUGCGCCUACGUCGUGUCGGUGACCGGCACCAAUUUCAUGACUCUGCUCCAGCUGAACGGAGAGAUUAAGCAGUUCAAGCUGCUGAAGAACGGUUGGGUCAGUUACACGCCAAACGCAGAGCUGCCCAAGCUCUCUGAGGGCCUUCCUUCGCAGGAUUAUAGGCAGGAAAACCGUGAAAAGUUCAUGGACGGCUGCAAAAUGUACUUCUCUCAGACCUUCAAGGACUGCCCAAAUUUGGCCAUGGAAAACGCCAGGCUGAGGAGCGAGCUCCAGCACCUGGACGACGAACUGAGUACGCUGAAGCAGGACUACGACCAGUUCAGGUCUCGGGUGGCCUCGCUCGACAACUCGAUAGAGAGGAUGGCGGAGUCCAUAAUCCUCGUGUAA